AAUAGUAACGCGUGCACAUUGAUGUCGAUCAUACCGCGUUCCCUCUUGCCAUCGCUCAAGCUCAAGGCUCCAACUUAUAUAGCCCGGUGAGGUGAUACCAGGCUUGUGCUAUGUCUUUUGAACAUGCAUCAGUUACAAAAGGGUUGAUGCUCAGUCUCGCUCUUACUUCUAUUGCUGUCGGGAUCUUCGACGUAAAGCAUUAUGUUCACCUCCAGCUCGUUCCGCACUUGUCUAAGCAUCACCAAUAUUGGCGACUGUUUUCGCAUCACGUUGCUUGUGCGAACUCGAGUGAUUUGUUCCUCGCAGAACUGUUGUUAUACAACAUAGCCAUCCCAAUUGAACGUACAUUCGGCAGCGUCAAAUACGCCUCUUUUGUACUGCUAGCCACAUUGUUGAACACAAUGUUCACUUUCGUGGUUAUGUUGGCACUGCGAAUGUCGACGUAUACGGAGGCCCUUCUCAAUUAUGUGCCAUCUGGUCCAACUGCUAUAAUCUUCAGCAUCAUACAUCAGUAUAUUCGGCUCGUGCCGGAGGCAUACCACUUCAAAAUCUUUGGUGUGAGUAUGAGCGACAAGAUAUGGGUUUAUGCCCUCGCAACGCAGGUAUCGAUUUCGCACUUGCCUGCGACAUUAAUCUUGGCAGUCAUCGGUUUGCUCACUGGAUUGUUGUACCGAUCUGAGCUUUUACAACUGAAAGGUUGGAGAAUACCACAUCGAUUGGUACGAUUCGCGCAGACCUGGAUAGCUCCAUUACUCGGAGAAAGUCGAUCUAUCCGAAGAACAAACCGAGUGCUUCCUGAACAGCGUCCCUCUGCUGAGUCAUCGUCUCUCUUGGACGAAACCAUCAGUACAGCUCGAACGCCACGAACGGUACCGAGGCCCACGGCUCGUCCACCUGUUGCCACAGAAACCCCUGGUGGAGAGACACCUCCUUCUGAUACUGAACAUCCAAACCAGAUCGGGGGCGGGAUGGUCCGUCAAUGGAUGACAGAACUGACCGGAGCUGCAAGGCCCAGUGGGACCGCCCAAGGCACAGUGAGAGUGCCGAGCGAUGUAGAAAUUCAAAUUCUGACAGGCAUGUUUCCGGAUGUGGGACGCGAUGUUGUUCUGGGUGUUCUUCAGCGUAGCCCCAAUAUCGAAGCAGCAGCCGAGACCCUUCUCACAUCUCAGAGGUCAUAAAGCUUCUUCAGAUAGCGAACGAGGCUUCUUUGAUAGUGGACAGUGCGCCUGAACUUCACUCCGUUGUAUAUACUGAACCACAUGAUGAUCUGUCCUGACAUCGCAUACGCAGGGUUCAGAGGAAGCACAUGCUUCUUUUAGGUUAGGACUUGUAUGUCCCAUCUUGAACAAUCGAAGUUUAUUGUCAAGACAAAGAAGCUGUCUGUUACCCACAUUUAGUUCCGUAUAAUGAAGAGGUCAGUCAUCUUGAACACUCCAUAUGCAAUCGAUGCCUCGCCAAUGCACCGCUCAUGCCAACGACCCUUCACGAGGAGAGGUUCUUUGAAGCUUAUCAACCUAUUCUUACCUUCGUUUGACACUUCCUUGAUUGAUCACAGCGUUGUUAGGACAGAUCCUAAACUGCUUCGCAGUAUUGCUUUCCCACUUCACAACAAGAGUUGAAGGUGCGCUACAGCGGCAUGCGAACAUUCGUUGGAGUCGGCGGCGACGAAUGAUUACCAAGUUCUUUUCUCAAGCUCGGCCACCUAUGGCACGCAUGUAGAUCAGCUGCAAGCCUAUGAUGAGCAUAUGGAGUGACGUUUAUCUUGCUACUCGGACACCCCAGUGCACUGGCAAAAGCGGCCCCAGUAUCCGGUUUGCAACGUCGACGGGUCAACAAGGUAAUCCAAACCAGGUUACAUAUGGUCUCGACCACGCCGUGAGGGAGCUUUUCUAAAUCAUAUCAACUGCCGCCAAGCGACAGCGAGCUGAAGGCGUCUUUGCAUAUGCCAGUCCUCAGCUACUGAGGAUCGCCCGUCGUGCAUACCCGAUGCAUACCAUUGUAUGACAGUGCAAGUGUGUUCCGAGAGCAGAAUCUGCACAGCCUAUAUGACAACUGAGAUCUUGUCUCAAGUGAGGUAGGGUCUUUGUAUCACUUGGGGUCAGAACACCAGAAGAGGGAGGUCCUCACGGGAGACGGCGUUGGCAAAUACCAUCAUCAUCCAUCAUCCAGUGUAUUGGGUUUGACAUAGGACUCGAACCAGCGACCUACGACUUGAUGUGGCUGGAAGAACGAUUGAACUUAUCGCGAAAUAUCUUUCACACUGCAAAUCGACUCUCACAGCUGCCAGUUGAUGUCGA